CACAACUGUCACUUCAUUUAUAGAUUGUUUUUCUUUCAAAAAUCGUCACGUUCCAACUUAAAGAUUUAGAAAUUUACAGCAAAAUGCUGAGUUUUUUGAACACUCUCAGUAGGAAUGUGAUUCGCACCAGUGUCAUCAACAAUCCAGCAUACGGCGUGCCAUUGCAGCGAGCUUUCUUCAGUGACGAAAUUAAAGCCGACGACAGUUCAACCAAAACCGAUGAAAGUUCAACCAAAACCCUAGGCGGAUUCGCAAGAGCAUUUGAAAAAUUCGAAAAGGCAAAAAAUUUCACAGAACCAAAGCCGGUGGACAACGCAACGUUCCUCUCAUUGCUUAGAAAUUCGAAAUUCAUCGAUAUGGGAGAUCCAGUUAACAAAAUUGUCACGGGAAAAAUAUUCCACAUUGUGGACGACGAUCUGUACAUAGACUUUGGUUGGAAAUUUCAUUGUGUGUGCACAAGACCCCAGCAAAAUGCAGACGACUACAUUCGAGGGGCCAGAGUGAAGCUGCGCGUUAAGGAUUUAGAAUUGUCUUCAAAGUUUCUCGGUUCCGAGAAGGAUCUAACAAUAUUGGAGGCAGACUGUCAGCUCAUUGGAUUAGUUUCGUCGCCUAGAAAUGCAACGACUGCAACUCAAUAACAUUGUACGUUACCAUUUAGGAGAAAUACACUUUUAUAGCAGCUGCUGUGGCUUUAAUUGCCAUU